AUGAUUUGCAGAUCUUGGUUAGGACCAGAGCGAAGGCCUACUGCAUCCGCACGUAGGCAACAAGAAGCUGCUCCUAUUGAUGAGGAUGCUCCUGAGACGAGUGAGGACGUACUUGCACCUAGUGCAGAAGCUGUUGAUGGUGGUGAGGGAUCUACUGUUGAUGAUGCUCAGGGAUUCCCAGGUGGACCACGUGACCCAUCAGUGCUGACUUCAUUUGCUGACCAUGUUUCACUUAGCAUAUGGAAUGAAGAGGAACGCCCUGAAUUGAAGUUAGCCUCCCACAGAAGGAAAGUUGAGAAAUUUGGGAGGCCAACUCCAGAAAUUGAAGGGCUAGUCGCUACCACAGGAUUAACUCCUUUGAUCCCUUUUUCAGUAGACACCAGCGAUCGGGGAGUUAUAUCCACUUUUGCUAAGAGGUGGCACAAGGAAACUAGCAGUUUCCAUCGUCCAGUAGGAAAGCUGACCAUCACGCUGGAUGAUGUGGCAUCACUGCUUCAUCUUCCACAGCUUUGA